UCCCGCCUAGGACGCAGGGAAAAUGCCGGCCCGGAAGCGGAACCCGCGGCCUCCCUGCUUCUUCCCCUCCGUCCCGGGCGCGGCAUGGCGACGGCCGUGGGGCCGGUGGACUGCCACUGCCACCUCGCUGCGCCCUGCUUCCAGGCGGACGUGGCGGCCGUGGUGCGGGCGGCAGAGCAGGCCGGGGUGUCGGCGCUGGUGGCCGUGUCGGAGCAGCCCGGGGAGUUCCGGAGCGUUGUGGAGCUGUCGGAGAGAUUCCCUGGGUUUGUUUUGCCGUGCCUGGGAGUUCACCCCGUGCAAGAGGUUUCACCAGAGGAGCAGCGCAGUGUCACUCUGAAGGAUCUGGAUGCUGCGUUGCCCCUUAUAGAACUCUACAAAGAUAAAUUGGUGGGGAUCGGAGAAGUUGGACUAGACUUCACUCCCAGAUUUGCCAGCACAGAUGAACAGAAGGAAGGGCAGAGACAGGUUUUGAUCAAGCAGAUUGAAUUAGCAAGACGACUGGAUUUGCCUUUAAAUGUUCAUUCCCGCUCAGCUGGAAGACCAACCAUUAAUCUCUUAAAGGAACAAGGUGCUGCAAAGGUGUUGCUCCAUGCAUUUGAUGGGAAGCCAUCUGUAGCUAUGGAAGGAGUGAAAGCUGGAUACUUCUUCUCCAUUCCUCCUUCCAUUAUAAGGAGUGGACAGAAGCAGAAGCUUGUGAAACUGUUACCUCUGGAAAGCAUGUGCUUGGAAACUGACUCUCCUGCUCUGGGGCCUGAAAAACAGGUGAGAAAUGAACCAAAAAAUAUUUACAUUGCUGCAGAAUAUAUUGCCAGAACUAAAGGAGUUCCAGUUGAAGAAGUUAUAGAAGUGACUACGCAGAAUGCACUGAAAGUAUUUCCCAAACUCCAUAACUUUCUUCGGAUAUAGAUUCAGAGGCUGAAAUCUAUGAUACUGCAGAAACUAUUGUUUAUAGGGUAGUUAAUAAACCCAAUGUGUGUCUUGUCUUAA